CAGGCCUCCACCCGCAUCUCCUUCCCCACCGCAUCUCCAGCUCUCCAACCGCGUCGGCCGACAGCACGCCACCAGAGGGAUCCGGCCAGCAACUCAGCAAGUGACACGUUUGUAGAUGGCAUCCGAACCUGAGUAUGUUCUUGAGGAUGAGCUGAAUGCACGUGAACUUGCCCUUGCAAAUGCCCAUGAACGUGCGGCGGAUGCCCAUAUACUUGCGCUUGCGGAUGCAGAAGCAGAUGAAGCAAUAGCUGCAGGAGUGAAAGCCACGAUGAAAACGGAAGAUGCGGGGGUGAUUCAAAUUGAGGAUGAUGAGGAACCUGUCAAUCCAAAAUUGAGGAAACCGAUGGCAGCAAGAUCAGAGGCCUGGGAGCAUUUUACCAAAGUUCUAGAUUCCAAUGGUAAGGUGAAAGAAGGAUUGUGCAAGUAUUGUAACCGUCCAAUUCAAGCUACUACAGCAGGUAAUGGGACAUCAUCAAUGCACAGGCAUUUGCUAAGCUGCAAGAAAAAUCCAAAUAGGAACCAAGAUCCAAAUCAGGGUACUUUGCAAGCCACUCCGGGAGCUGGCCUCAACAAUUGGAAAUUUGAUCCAGAGGCACUUAGAAAGGCAUUUGCUGAAAUGGUGAUAGAGGAUGAGUUGCCAUUUGUGUUUGGUGAGAAGUCGGGCUUCAAAAAGUUCAUGUCGAAAGCUUGCCCUCGCUUCAAACCACCAUUUAGAAGGACGUGUGCUAGGGAAGUUGUCAAAAUCUAUCUAAGUGAGAAGGCCAAGUUGAUGAAGUUUUUCAAAGAGAACUGUGCAAGUGUAUGCGUCACCACUGAUUGUUGGACUUCUCAGCAGCAAGAUGGCUAUAUGACAGUGACUGCCCAUUUCAUGAGAAGGAGAAGGAGAAGGAGGAUGACAUGCGGCUAAUUGUAAAUGAAAGGGUGAAAGGGAAGAAGGAUGAGAAAGAGAAGGAAAAUAUCAAUUUGCUCAUAUAUGUGGCUGCAUUAG